ACAUAAGAGCGCCUCGCCUGCACAAGUUGAUAGAUGCAAGACGAGAGAGCUGCAAACGACACCUGGAGCCAUAGAGAGCUGAAACUACCGACUGCACCAUGCGGUUCUACGUGAUGAUCCUCCUGCUGGGCCUGUCCUGUGUCUGUCUCACGCUGGCACAAGUGUCCUAUGAAGACUGCUGUCUGAAGUAUGUGACAAAAAUAAGCGAGAGACAUGCGGUGGGUUACAGACUGCAGAGGACUGACGGCGGCUGCAACAUCCCUGCUGUGAUCUUCAUCAUGAGGAAGGGGCGUGUGUUUUGCACAAACGGCAAAGAGCUAUGGGUCCAGAAACUGAUGGAUAAGAUCGACCAAAGGAUAGGCAAUGGCAAAAGACCCCGGAGACGGCCCCAUCGACCGCGGCAGAACAGAGGCUGAGGGCGUUCGCCUGCUGCCCCACCUGUGUCCCUCCGCCCUCUGGCAAAUCUUAACAUUGAGCAACAGUGGUGGUUUUAUGGCAUCUGACUGGCAGGCAGUUGAGGAGGUUUGCCAAAUCCUGUAGCAUUUUAUCUUUAGUUUCACUAUCCAGGAGGAUGAGGGUCCAAAGCUUGUGUGGAAAAAAAACUUUGUUCUCCGGGGGUUGAGCGGCGGAUGUGCCUGAGUGGUCUCCAGAUGAUGCUUUCAAAUGCAUAAAUACAGCUGCUUCAGUGAGAGCGUCUUCUCGCCUUUUAAAACAUCAGAUUUUCAAUAAGCUGCUUAAUCACACAAAUGGUGAUGGAAACUAAAUACUAAUAAUUAAUACAAUAUUUCUUGUGUGAUGUACCUCUGCUUCUAUCAAAUAUGUGUGUCAAUGCAAACACUAAUUGCUAAGUGUGUCAUAAUAAAGGAGAAGCUCAUGUCUUAAUUUGUAAAUGUCUAUAUUUUCAUAUAUUUUGUAUUCAGGUUUUGGUGUAUUUUGCAGUGUGUGUUCAAAUAAAAGCAUUAUUACAGUAAACAA